AUGUCUAAAAUUGUUGGGUUUGUUAUGAUUUUCUAUGCAGUUUUUGGGUCAUCGAUGGCUCACUUCUUUGGAGGCUUCGGAGGGCUCGGUGGCUGGGGUGGUGGUGGGUACGGCGGCUUCGAUUGCGUGGAUAUCUCUUCUAGGUUUGCUUGGUGCAAGGGCUUCAUUGAAGGGACUGACAGUUAUGCAUCACCUCAAUGCUGUGAGAACCUCCAACAGCUUAAUGCGAUUGCAGAAAUGGACCAGACAGGUCCGAGUAGGAUUUGCCAAUGCGUUAAGGAGAUGGGGAAUUCUGGCUUCCACCCUUCUUACAGCCAGUCUCGCAUUCAGGAUGUCAUUAACACUUGCGGCGUACCCAAUUUCCCUAUUUCUAAUAAUGUGGACUGCUCUAGACAGUUACUGAACACUCAAUUUCUAUGGCUUGUUGCAGGAUUUAUACAUAGAUCAACACGAGCUGGAGUUUAUGUGAUUCAGAAGUUUGAUGUACAAGUUGGAAGUAAAGUGGUUCAUGGCGAGGCCAUUACGUCGUCAAAUUCAUCCGACUAA